AUGCGACUCAUCAACUGCAAGACCCUCGAGCUGGAGGAAUUUGUUGGUAACUCCGUCCCAAAAUACGCAAUAUUGUCCCACACAUGGGGCCGCGAAGAGGUGUUGUUUUCGGACUUGCCCCUUCACCAAGCUUCAACGAGAACGAAAGCUGGAUACUAUAAGAUCAAAUGCACCUGCGAGCAAGCAUUGCGCGACAGGCUAAACUUUGCAUGGGUGGACACGUGCUGCAUUAACAAGAGCUCCAGCGCAGAGCUUUCAGAGGCUAUCAACUCCAUGUUCAGAUGGUACUUAUCAUCUUCUAAGUGCUACGCUUUUCUUGAGGAUGUUUCCGCGAUUAGUUUCGAAAAGAGUUUCUCCGAUAGCCGUUGGUUCACCCGUGGCUGGACGCUGCAGGAAUUGAUCGCACCGACCGACGUGGUCUUCUAUGAUAAGAGUUGGGAAAUGGUUGGAAGUCGGCGGAAGCUGGCACGUAAGAUUUCAGAAAUCACAAGAGUCGACUCAGAAGUAUUAGGCAGUGGCAUAAUACAGUCGCCCUGGAUGAACACCCUUGAUGAUUUUUGUGUAGCAAAGAAGAUGUCGUGGGCGUCAUACCGUGAAACCACUCGGCAAGAAGACCAGGCCUAUUGCUUGAUGGGGCUAUUCAACAUCAAUAUGCCCUUGCUGUACGGGGAGGGUAACAAGGCUUUUGUGCGUCUACAAGAGGAAAUCAUUAAGAAGAACAAUGAAGAUGACUCUAUCCUAGCAUGG